CCGUCUGUGAUGUUUAAAAAAAAAAAAUCUUCUAAAUGGAGAGACAAGUGGUGGUACCACAACAAACGCCGCAUUCCUAGAGCCUCUCGCAGCCCGUGGGGGUCUCUGCUUGGUAACCAGAGACGAUUAGCGGACACAGAGCUUUAUGGAGAAGCUGUUUAAACAACGAUGUGUAAGAACAUUAAGCAGCAGGGCUCGUGCCAAAUCCUCACUAAUCAGGGAUCAAUUCCUAAUCAGCUGACCCUGUUUAUCCCCUCACCCCACGCCAUUAUUUGCUUCUUGCUUGCAACGAGAUUGAGAGAAAAAUAGGAAAUGUGAGGCUUAAUACUAGUGCAUGCUUGCGGCCUGUUAACAUACUCAGGUGUUUUUAUUAAAAAAAAAAAAAAUGUCGGCCAGGAUGUGCCCUACUCCUGUCCCCAACCCCCCUUUCUCCUUUUUUAUGACACCCUCCCCUCCCCUGCAGCAGACACACAGAAUGUGCAUCCUGAUCUGCUCGCUUCUGCCAUUGACGUCAUUUGCUAACCACAUGACGCGGCGAGAGCCAAUCAGAAGAAGGCAGCUCCUGCAAUCUUUUAGCAAUUGCUUCUCAGUGGCACACAAACACACACAUACACAGAUCCCCACACUCACACACAUACACACACACAAGCACAAAUGAACACACACUGACCCAGGCAAUACACAGUUACAUGCAGGAAAAAAGGAAGCAGAGCUCUGAUCACACACAAAGGGGACCCAAGGCAGGCUCCCCCUCACUGCUAAGAUCUGGCUCUUGUUGCUUUACACCUUGGAUAAAAUAUGGAUUUAAUUAAGUAGUACACUGGAAUUCCCCAGCACCGGCUUCCUGGGGGGGACUGUUGAGAUUUUAAGGCUUUUAUUUUCUUUUUAAGGGUGGAUUUUUUUAGGGGAUCUGUUGUCUUCUGGCGUGUGGAUUUUUUUUUCUCCUCUCUCUCCGCACUCUUUGUUGUUGGAAUUUAAUAAAAGAAGGAAUAUAUCCAGUCUCAGUGUCUGCCAUGGAUUUUACUGGCAGCUCCUGUGGAGGCAGUGAGCACAGGCAGAUAGAGGAGAACAAGCCACUGCUGGGGGAGAUGUCUGCUACAGGGGGCAGCAAGAUGGGAGCUGUACCAUGUAGGAGAUCCCUCCUGCACUUCAGUGGCAUGAGGUACAAACUGCUGCAAGAAGGGGACAUUCAGGUCUGUGCUAUAAGGCACCCCAGGACCUUUCUCAGCAAGAUCCUCACCUCUAAAUUCUUAAGGAGGUGGGAACCCCAUCACCUGACCCUGGCAGAUAACAGCCUGACCUCAGCCACGCCUACUGGAUACAUGGAAAAUAGCAUUUCAUACAGCGCUAUUGAGGAUGUUCAGCUCCUAUCCUGGGAAAAUGCCCCUAAAUACUGUUUACAGCUUACUAUUCCUGGAGGCACUGUCUUACUUCAGGCUGCAAACAGCUAUUUGAGGGAUCAGUGGUUUCAUUCUUUGCAGUGGAAGAAAAAGAUUUAUAAGUACAAAAAAGUGCUGAGCAACCCAAAUCGCUGGGAAGUGGUGCUAAAAGAGAUAAGGACACUGGUGGAUAUGGCACUUAGCUCGCCACUUCAGGAUGACUCAAUUCAUCAGGCUCCACUAGAAAUUAUCUCAAAGUUACUUUCAGAGAACAUUAAUCUAACCACUCAGGAGCAUGAAAGCAUUAUCGUGGCAAUUGCUCCUCUUCUUGAAAACAACCACCCUCCCCCUGACCUAUGUGAAUUCUUCUGCAAGCACUGUAGAGAACGCCCUCGUUCUAUGGUGGUCAUUGAGGUGUUUACCCCAGUUGUACAAAGAAUUCUCAAACACAAUAUGGAUUUUGGGAAGUGUCCUCGGUUAAGGCUGUUUACUCAGGAGUACAUUCUGGCUUUGAAUGAACUGAAUGCAGGAAUGGAAGUGGUGAAAAAAUUUAUAUACAGCAUGCAUGGUCCGACAGCAAACUGCCCUCAUCCCAGGGUCCUGCCAAAUGUGGUUGCCGUUUGUUUAGCUGCCAUUUAUUCGUGCUAUGAAGAGUUUAUCAACAGCCGUGACAAUUCACCAAGCCUGAAGGAAAUUCGGAAUGGCUGUCAGCAGCAGUGUGACCGUAAACCCAAUAUCCCCUUGCGGCUUCUCCACACCAAUCCUGACCUUGUAUCGCAAGAGGUGACAUCGACCGAAUCCCGGCACAAAUCAGUCGUUGUCACAUCAAAUGAGAUCCUUGUAGAGGUGGAACGUAACAACACAGUAAACCAGAAGCUGAAAGCAAAUACUGGCAACGACAGCGAACCCAACCUGAUCGACUGCCUGCUCAUAUGCCCAGCCUGUAGCACCAUAAGCAUCGAGCUGAGUCCGCAAGCAGACCGCGUGCUAGCAUGCUAUGUGGAGAUAUUGAAGAUGCUGUCAGAUUACGAUGAUUGGAGGCCAGCUUUGGCCAUUCUUCUGCAGCCCAUCCCGUUCCCAAAAGAAGCUCUUGCACAUGAAACAUUCACAAAGGAACUGAAACAUGUCAUACAGAGAUUUGCAGAGGACCCCAGGCAAGAGGUUCACUCAUGCCUCCUGAGUGUCAGAGCAGGGAAAGACGGGUGGUUCCAGUUGUACAGCCCGGGAGGGGUGGCCUGCGAUGACGAUGGUGAACUCUUUGCCAGUAUGGUACGUGUCUGCAAUAAUGUUCACAUUUUGAUGGGUUCCUGCUACAAAACGAAAAAAUUCCUGCUCUCUCUGGCCGAAAACAAGCUGGGGCCUUGCAUGUUGCUUGCCUUGCGAGGCAACCAGACGAUGGUGGAGAUUCUUUGUCUGAUGCUCGAAUACAACAUCAUAGAAAACAAUGACACCCAGUUGCAGAUUAUCUCUACUCUGGAAAGCACAGACGUAGGGAAGAGAAUGUACGAGCAACUGUGUGACAGACAGCGGGAGUUAAAGGAGCUGCAAAGGAAAGGAGGACCCACUCGUCUGACACUGCCAUCCAAGUCGACAGAUGCUGACCUUGCCAGGUUACUGAGCUCUGGCUCUUUUGGAAACCUAGAAAACCUCAGCCUGGCCUUCACCAAUGUAACGAGUGCCUGCGCAGAACAACUCAUAAAACUGCCUUCACUCAAGCAACUAAACCUGUGGUCAACUCAGUUUGGAGAUGCUGGGCUGCGGGUUUUGUCUGAGCACCUCACCACUCUGCAAGUUCUCAACCUGUGUGAGACCCCAGUCUCAGAUGCUGGACUCCUGGCACUUAGCUCUAUGAAGAGCCUGUGUAACUUAAACAUGAACAGCACCAAACUGUCAGCAGACACCUAUGAGGAUCUCAAGGCCAAGCUGCCAAACCUUAAAGAGGUGGAUGUUCGUUACACCGAAGCCUGGUGACUUUAACUUGGCUCUGAAGAAGGCUGCCCUUCAGUGCUCUUUUGACUUAUCGUAAAACUGUAGAGGAAAAUGCUUCUUGGACUACAAAAUGUGGUUUUGAGUUAGAGGUCAUUUUUACAUAGGGAGGAUGGACGUAUUCAACCAAUAUUUACAGCUUCAGAAUUUCAAACAUUAAUCUAAUUUAAUUCGCAAAAAAAAAAAAAGGAAAAACAAAGCAAACAAAAAAAAAAAGGACUUUGUAGAUGCAAGAAGAUAAUCCUGAAGAAAUAAACCCUUGUGAAUUAUUUUUUAUUUGCCUACGUGUUCAUGCUGUGUUGGAAAAAAUAAGAAUGCAUAUGUUUCUGUAUGUUUUUUUUUUAUUAUUUGAUUUGAUCGGACGGACUGAUUUUAAGAAGUUUCCACUUUGCCCUUUCACUGCAAAGAAAUCGCAAGUCCAUAACCAUAAAAAGAAAGACGCAUUCUUUGCACCUUCUUCUUCUGCCCUGAAACUCUUCUGCAGAAUUCAUAUUGUUGUACAUAAGAUUUACAUAAUUCACCUAUUUAAGAAAAUGGUUCACGUUCAGCAGGUCUGGGACCUGCAUUUUUAUUUAUAAAUUGUUAAUUCUUUUUUUUUUUUUUUCCUCCUACCCUUUUUUUGCAAAUAGAACUGUACAAAGUAGUUUGUCGCUGUCUUGUUGAUUGUAAUAUUAUUAACGUUUGUGUAUUGUUUUGCUUUUGGUUUCAGAACAGAAAGCCCUAUUGAAUAAAUACCAUGGUAAAUGUA